UUUUUGACUUGGCUAACUGAUUAAACAUAUUUUGGGACUACACAGUACAAAUAUGAUAUAACCAUUUAUAAGGAAAGAGUGCUCUAGAAAGAGAGAAGAAAGAUGGGAAGAGGGAAAGUUGAACUGAAGAGGAUAGAGAACAAAAUUAACAGGCAAGUGACUUUUGCCAAGAGAAGAAAUGGGAUACUCAAGAAGGCUUAUGAGCUCUCUGUUCUCUGUGAUGCUGAGGUUGCUCUCAUCAUCUUCUCCAACCGUGGGAAGCUCUAUGAGUUCAGCAGCACCUCCAGCAUAAUGAAAACACUGGAAAAAUACCAGAAGUACAGUUACAGUGCACUAGAGUCCAGCAGUCCAACCAAUGAUACUCAGAACUACCAGGAAUAUGUGAGACUAAAAGCAAGGGUAGAAAACCUGCAACGUUCACAAAGGAACCUUCUCGGAGAAGAUAUUGCUCAAAUGAAUACAACUCAGCUGGAGCAGCUUGAGAAUCAAUUGGAGGUAGCAUUGAGGAACAUCAGGUCAACAAAGACUCAAUUCAUGCUUGACCAGCUCGCUGAUCUUCACAACAAGGAAGCAGUGCUAGUCGAAACUAAUCAUGUGUUAAGGAACAAGUUGGAAGAAAGUAAUAACUCACAUAAUCCAGUGGUCAGAUUGGCUUUGGAAGCUGGAGUGCCUAACAUCCAUUACACUCGCUUCCCUCCUCAAUCAGAGGGGUUUUUCCAGCAUAUGGGAGUGAAUCCAAACUUGCAAAUUGGGUACAAUCCCAGCCAUGAUGAUGUAAAUGCUGGAGCUUCAUCCUUAAAUAUGCAUGGAUUCGCCUCUGGGUGGAUGCUGUGACAACAUUGAGUUUACUUGCAACAUAGACAAAGAAUGGUAGUGGAUUUGUCGACCAUAUAAUUCCUUAAAAGUUGAUAUAUAUGUUUUAGUUUUAGUUUUCUUCUGCAUCAUUUAUCAAUGUUUAAAUAAAUAAAUUUUGCAAGUAGUAUGGUCAUAAAAAUUUGAACCUGAAAAGUUGUAUAUUUGUACUGAAUUCAAAACUUGUAACCUUUAAUCAUAUGUGCAUGAGAUUAGAACCUUGUAUGUGCUAUGAUAUAAUAAUGUCAAAUCUAUGUAUGAUCACC